UAAAUGGAAGAAUUUUAAGUUUUCCAGAGCAAACUGAACUCCUCCAACAGGAUAAAAUGUGUUUUCAGACUGAAGGAAUAAAAGUCAAACAGUUCCAGAUGGAAGAAGUUUUACUGCUUCAGCUGCGAUUCUUUCCCAGAAAACUGAGGGAAAAAAACUUUUUCUGUCUGAAAAACUAAAGAAUUUCAGUUUCAGUGACGAAAACAAAGAAAAGCAUCAGAGCAGCUCUGAUGUUUCUGCUCUUCGUUUGAUCAAUCGAUCCUUUUAUCAGCUUAGAAAACCGUCUGCUGGGUCAGAGUUCAGCUUGGUGGAGGCACGACUCCAUGUUCCUCCUCUGUUCCUCCUCUGGUUCCUCCUCUGGUUCCUCCUCUGGUUCCUCCUCUGUUCCUCCAUCUUCUGCUCCACAUGUUGACCAUAAAUCAGCUCUGACCUUUUCGUUUCCAUUCUGAGCUGGAAGCUGCAGAUCAGCAGCUGCUGCCGCUUAAAGUUUGGACCUGACAGAAAGUUUUCACCUCCAGGAGCUCACAGUUACACUGGUUUGGUUUUGGACCUGGUUCUGAACUUUCUUUUGGACUGGGUUUAAACUGGGUUUUAGAUCAUCUUUGGACUGACUGUUGACGGCUGCUUAAGGCCUUGCUGGUUUUAUACUGAAUUCUAACUGACAUCAGAUGGUUUUAUCUUUGUUUUAGACUGGGUUUUAAGUUGUUUCUGAUCUGGUUUUAGACUGGGUUUUAAGUUGUUUCUGAUCUGGUUUUAGACUGGAUAUUAGAUCAACGUUGGACGUUGGUUUUCGGACCUUGUUUUGAACUGGUUCUAGACUUGUUAGAUCUAUAUUGGAUGGAGUUUUUAAUGGUUUUAAGUUGGUGUCUGACCUGGCUUUAUACUUGGUUUUAGACUGGAUAUUAGAUCAGAUUGGACUGAUUUUUAGUCUAGUUUCAGGCCUUGUUUUGAACUAUUUUUGGAUGAGUUUUAGACUGGGUUUGACUAGUUCUGACCUGGGUUAUGGCGAGGUUUUUAGAUCAGCUUGGGACUGGUUUUGGACCCAAUUUCUGUUCUUGUUUUACCUGGUUUCUGACUGAUUUUGGACCAGUUUUAGACUGCUUUAGACUGGGUUUCAUGUUGGUUUUAGACUAGUUUUGGACUAUUUUCACCCAGUUUCAGCCUUUGUUUUGGGUGGAUUUUAGUCUUGUCUUAGGCUGGGUUUUAUGGAUGAGUUUUGGUCCUGGUUUCUGACCUGAUUAUAGUCCGGUUUCUGGCCUGGUUUGGGUCCGGUUUCUGGCCUGGUUUGGGUCCGGUUUCUGGCCUGGUUAUAGCCCGGUUUCUGGCCUGGUUAUAGUCCGGUUUCUGGCCUGGCUUGGGUCCAGUGUCAUACCUUUCUGACCCGUCAGGACUCUGAGGACUUUCAGGUGACGCCUCCCUGUUUUUUUAACGAAUGUUUCAGACUCUCCCACUGUGCUGCUCGGUCGACAACCUGUUCGCCCUGUUUGCUGGAAUUAGCCUGAAGCUGCUCGUGGCUGAAUCACAUUUUUCUUCAACAGCAAACAACAAGUCGGACUCACGUUGAGCCAAUCGGAGCUUGUUGCUGUCAGUUUCUUUAUCAUGUCAGGUGAAGGUCUCGUUAGUUGAGUCACAGAGCCUCACUGGUCUUAGUUCCUGAGCUCACAAAGGGGCGUUUGGCUUCACGUUGACGUUUCUGAUCAUUUUACUGGAGCUUGAAGCUUCUCCUGGACUGACUGAAUAUUCAGAACCAGAAGCUAAAAGCUGCAGCUGCUAUCUGCAGUCAGAUGUUUAAUUGAAAUCAGGAACCUUGAUGUGAUCACAGAUUAAACAGGUUUGACUCAGUGUGGUGUUUGUUCUCAGCAAAAUCUGAAGAAACUGGUGAAAAGAGGAUUUCUGUGAUUUAUGUGAUAAACAAAACUCCAGAAGUUCAAGUCAGAUGUCAGAAAACUCAAAUAAAAAGUAGAAUAAUCAGUAAAUCACACAGAGGAAACUCAUUAGCAGCAGCUCUGAUUGUUCAAAUGUUUUAACCAGAAAAAAACCCCUAAAAACUAUGUUCUGAAAGCAGGUUCAGCCUGAUCUGAAACCAGUUUAAAACUGUGUUUAAACCCCAGUCUAAAUCAAGUCCAACAUCAGCUCUAAACCUAGUCAACAAUCAGAUCUUAAUCCGGGUCCUAAAUCAGGUUUAAAUUGAUCUAAAGCAAGUUCAAGACCUAAAACCAGUUUACCUCCUGGUCCUGGUCUAGAAUCAAGUGCAAAGUCUGUCCAGAACCAAUUGUGAACCAGUCCAAAAGGAGUCCAAGACCAAGUCUGUAACCAGUCUAGAACAAGACUAAAAUUACUUAGACCAGAUCUAAAACCAGUUUAAAGCCCAGACUAAACACACCUAAAACCAGUCCAAACCCAAAAGUGAAACCAGUCAACAAUAAAGUUCAAAACAAAGUCUAAAUGAACUGAUCAAUCAAUAAAUGAGCUAAUAAACCAGUAGAGAAACCAGACGCUCCUCCGGGUGCAUUCUGGGAAACUUCAGUGAUGCGUUCGAGUGUCGUGGUACAAACCAAACACAGAUCUUUAUCUCUGUUCUUCCGGUUGUGGAGGCGUCUGAGUCCAAACAAACAUGAAAGAUUUCAGAGAUUUCCCAUGACCUCUGGCUGCUGUGUCGCCAUGGAAACCUGCACGGAUCGACGCAUCCAGCUGGAGUCGAGUUAUCUGGACGAGCAAACUGGUUUUACCUCAGACUGACGAAUCACCUUCAUCAGGCCGGUAGUUUAGACUCUCUGAUGGUAAAAGGAUGAAUAAGAGCAACAAAUCCUUCCAUCUGAGAGCUUUAAAACAGAGACACACACAGUUAAUGUUCACAGAAACACUAAGAAAUAGCUCAUCAGUUAAUAAUCUGUGUGUUUCAGCUGUAAGAAGUUCUAGUCUUUGACCUCAUUGACGGGUUUCAGGUUCUUUCCCUGGUUCUUUCUGUUUUCUGCUGCUUCAUACUUUCACUUUUAGGAAUCAUCCAGGGGAUAAAUCAACACGUUGGUUUCACAGCUAUUUUUAAAAAAUAUUGGAGAUAUAUUUUAUUGAUUUGUUUUGUUUCUAAAGUUAUUUUCUGUCAGAUGAAUGUAAAAUAGAUUAACAAACAGCAAAAUCCAACAAAUUAAAGAAGAAAAUAUUGUUUAUGAUUUAACAAAACGGGAAAAAUUUGGAAAAUAAUUGAUAAAAAUAUAUUUACCAUUUCUGAAUCCUUAAUAUGUAGAAUUGUCAGUAAUUUCACAAUCAUGGAAGAAUUUCUUAUGUUUACAAUAUUUAUAUUGAAUAUCUACACUUUUGGCCUGUUUUUUUAUAGUUUAGACUGAUCUACAACCAGUCUGAAACUAGGUUUAAACCCCAGUCUAAAUCAGGUCCAACAUCAGCUCUAAACCUAGUCAACAAUCAGAUCUUAAUCCAGGUCCUAAAUCAGGUUUAAAUUGAUCUAAAGCAAGUUUAAGACCAAAAACCAGUUUACCUCCUGGUCCUGGUCUAGAAUCAGGUGUAAAGUCUGUCCAGAACCAAUCGUGAACCAGUCCAAAAGGAGUCCAAGACCAAGUCUGUAAGCAGUCUAGAACAAGACUAAAAUUAGUUCAAGAUCUAAAACCAGUUUAAAGCCCAGACUAAAACACUUCUAAAACCAGUCCAGGCAACAACUUAGUGACUACUCUGCUGCUUCUCACACAGAUCGAGACUUUAAAUGUCAUUUUAUCUUAGAAACAUGUUCAGUUUAGCAUCAUGUGACAAAAAAGCAGCACACUUUAUUAGUUUUUAGACAACUUUUAUCAGAAACACAGAGAAUCUAAGCUCUAUCAGUCUUCCAUUUUAUUGAAACAAGAGGUCUUUAUUUAAUCAGGAAAUGACUUGAAUCAAUAAUGAAGACUCGUGUUAAUUGCAGUUGUUCUGGUUUUUAUGUCUCUUUAUCUGCAGCAGUUGGAGGUUAAACUUUAGGUGGUGUUUGCUGCUGGUUUCUGGAGUGCCUCUCAGCUUUACGUCGUCGUCUCGGGUGUCUCCGCAUAAAAAAACUCUCACGCUGAGAAAAAAAGCUGCGGCUGUUUGUAUUGUCGCGGAAAUGUAAGGCCAGAACCGAACGCCGUGUGUCGAGUUUCCACCUUUUGUUGGCUGCAGAGAAGAUUGUGUCUGAAAGCUGCCGUUGUUUUGGUGAGGAACCCUGAGGGGAAGCUGGGCGGGGCCAAUCAUGAAAGAGAGAGUGGAGGUGGACCAGGUGUAACCCAGCCCCACAGGUGAUGAAUGAGGAGAACCAGGUGGGAAUCUUUGGAAGAUUCAGGAUUCACUUCUGAUUCUUCGCUUCAAAUCGAUCCAUGAUGAGGAAAAAAGAAGAAGGAGUCAUAGUAGCACUAAUCAGGAGGUCUAGAAGGAGUCAUAGUUCCACUAAUCAGGAGGUCUAGAAGGAGUCAUAGUAGCACUAAUCAGGAGGUCUAGAAGGAGUCAUAGUACCACUAACCAGGAGGUCUAGAAGGAGUCAUAGUUCCACUAAUCAGGAGGUCUAGAAGGAGUCAUAGUUCCACUAAUCAGGAGGUCUAGAAGGAGUCAUAGUUCCACUAAUCAGAGCUCCUAAAAUGACUCCACAGACAGUGAACUACUUUCUCCAUCCAGCUGUAAAAACAGACAUCAGCUGCUUCAGACUUGGUUCAGAGGUUCUCCAUGGAAACCAGAGUUAGUGUGAAGCUCAGACAGUGUGAAGGAACCUUCAGAACAUCAACCUCUAUGGACGGAGGACCAGAACUAAACCUGGUUGCUGCUCAGAACUAAACUUCCAGAUGAAAGUUUGCUGAAGAACAUGAGAAGAAACCUGAUGGAUGCUGGAGAACAUUCUUUGGUCAGAUGAAGAUCAAUGAGUUGGGCUGAGAUGGAGUCCAGAUGUUUGGUAGAACCAGACCAGGACUACCACAGUGGAUGCAUGUUCCUGACUGAUGACUGAUGACAUUUCUGGAUGCACCACAAAUGUCUGAGGAUAAACCAAAAUGCUGUCUGACAAGAAGGUGGAAGAAGAGGAACAUUCCAGCUGGAGAUCAUGCAAAGAACAACAAGAACUUCUCCACUAGAACUGAGUGGAACCAGGACCUGGACAGUGAGAGUCUGACCUGAACCCAACAGAGCCUUUGUGGUGUUUAAAGAGAAAGAGCAACACAACCAAUGAAUGAUGUGAAGAAUGACAUCAGAGCAAAUUCUCUACUGUUCUACUGGAAGAACUCUGAUUAUAAUCAGAGGAAAUCUGAUAUUUGUACUCACUUAGAACUUCACAUUUCAAAAUAUUUUUAGUUUAAUUCCACGUGGGAUUGACCUUAUUAUUCACACAUCAGCUUUAGAAAGAAAGCGAUGAAGCAAAUUUACCAAAACAUUAGAUUCAGUCUGAGAGAAGAGUUGGUGUGAGGAGCAGUCUGAGGCUUAAAGGACGAACAAACGUCGUCUUUGUGUGUCUCUGCUCUGCUAAUAUGACAUUUAAAUUUCUGGCCACAAAUAGAUUCGGUUGUGUUUAUGGGAAGAACAGCGAGUGAGGAGAGAAACAACAGAGCUGAUUGUAGUUGUUGUUGUUUCACCUCCUUCACAUUUCUGCUGCAGUCUGAGUCCAUGUUCUGCUGAAUGAUGGACAAACUGGCGGCUUUUAGCUUCAUGCUAAAGCUAAAGACUUUGAGUAUUGUUUCGACCAUGAGGAGACUCCAGCAGUUGUCUAUUGAACUUCUUUAGAAACACGGUACCAGAGUCUUGUUUUGUAAGUUGGCUUUAUUUGGUAUUUUGACAUUUAGACUGACAUAUUUUAUUUUAUUUGGUGGAUUGCAACAUUGUUUAUUGCCUUCAAAAAGUGUUUGCUCCGUUUCUGUUGUGACUCUGGUUCUAAGAAAUUUUUGGAGGAUCCUUCAUCUUGUUUCUGCAUCCAGUUGUUGAGGAUCAAGAGCUGCAGCUUUUUCAUUUUAGCUCAGAUGUUUAUUCAUCCAGGGACUCAGUAACUCUCUGAAUGUGACUGUCUUUGCUAGUUAUUAGCAUUGCUACUAUUAUUAGGCUACUCAGUAAUAUAUCUGUGUUAGCGAAUUGCAUCCCUAGCCUUGUCAUUAGCAUCCAUAGGUUGAGUAUUAGCAUUAUUUAUUUACUACCAUCUCUGUUAGUAACUAGCCUCAUUAGCCCUGUCACUAGCAUCCUUGGGUUUGUCAGCUAAGCUUGUUAGCUAGUUACUAGCAUGCUUAGAUUAGUUAAUAAUAUCUCUGUUUUAGCAUCUUUAGCCAUGCCACUAGCAUUCUUAGGCUAGUUGCUACCAUCCUCAUGCUGGUUCUUGUCACUAGCAUCUUUAAGCUGAUUACUAGCACCCUUAGACUAGUCAAUAAUAUCUGUGUGUUAGCUAGACUAUUUACUAAUAUCUCUAUAUUACCAACUAGCCUCCUUAGCCUUGUCACUAGCAUCCUUUGGCUAUUUGCUGCCAUCUUUAGGUUAUAUCUUAGCAACUAGCCUCCUUAGCCAUGCCACUAGCAUCAUUGGGCUUAUCACUAGCAUCCAUAAGCUAGUUACUAGCGUUCUCAGACGAGUCAACGAUAUCUAUGUGUUACUGUCUAGCAUUUCUAACUGUGCCAUUAGGACAUCUAGGCUAGUUACGCACAUCUUUAGGCUACUCAGUAGUAUCACUGUUUUUAUGACUAGCCUUUUUACUACCAUCUGUGCUUGUCACUAGCAAUCCAUAGGCUAGUUAUUAGCAUUCUUAGAUUAUUUAGUAACUAGCCUCCUUAGCCCUGCCACUAGCAUUCUUGGGCUUGUCAGUUACGCUCAUAAGCUUGCAACUAUCUUAGCAACUAGCUUCUUUAACUGUGCCAUUAACAUCCUUAGGCUUGCCACUAGCAUCAAUAAGCUAGUUUCUAGCAUUCUUAGACUUGUAAAUAAUAUCCACGUGUUUACGACUAGCAUUUCUAGCCGUGUCACUACCAUGUUUGGUUGUCACUAAUGCCCUUAGGUUAGCAACUAGCAGCAUGGAGCUACUCUAAAAUAUUUCUGUCCCUAGGCUGGUUACUAGUAAAAAAGACUUUUAACUGGAAGCCCAAGGCUAGUUUCUGGCAAAGUUAGCGACUAGCGUCCCUGGGCUACUAAAUAAUAUAUUCAUUUUGCUAGCUAGACUCUGUAGCUUUGUCACUAUUCUCACAAUUUACUGUUUCUCUCGACUUGUCAUGAGCAUCCCGAGACGACUAGCAUGUUUGGAGGAGAAACUAGCGCUCCUCGGCAUGGCUAACGGUCUUUCUGACAGUUUUACAGAGAAACCUUUGGUCUUUUGUUUAUCUUAAUUACUUGUCCAGUCAGUUUGGUUCAUAAGCUGCAAAUAUUUAAAUUUAGGCUGUUUCAAAAGUCACAUUAAUGUGAAAUACAGCUGAUAAAACCAGAGUCAAUCCUCCUUUUACCCAUCUAAGUGUAUUAUGUGGUGUUGCUGGAGAAUUUAUUGUGUUUUAUUUUCCAGUUUAAUGAAUAAAACUGACACGUUUGACAUUCAAUAACCACAAAUGAAAACAGCUUUUAGAAAUGUUGUCAUGUCAGACUGUUCCAGAAGUUUAAAUUCUCAUAAUUCACAGCUGACAUGUGCUGCUUUCUUAGUUUACUAUCAUGUGACAGAACAGACAUUAAAUAUAAAUUCUAAUAUAUCAGAUGAAGGUCUUAAUGCAGCUGUUUUCUUUUAGAACACAUUUGUUGGUUCAGUUUCAUUGUGUUGUGUUCACACCUGAGGACAUGUUGUUACCUGCAGAGGAUCGUAAAGUCAUCGUGCGGUUUGAUGAACGUUAAAGUCUCUGAUGUGAAAACAAAAGCUGAGUGAAUCAUGUGUGUUGAUCGUCUGAACACGACCUGAAGAACUUCACAGGAGGGGAAGUGAAAAUGUCCAAAGACUCCCUGAUAUUCAGUUUACUUUCACGUGAUUAAGAAAUUCUCCAGGUCAACACAAAACAACCACAAAAAUAUAUAAAAUAACAAACUGAGACACAAACUAAACCACAAAACAAAUCACAAAAACAUAUAUAACAACCAAAAUGUGACCCAGAACAACAGAACACUGAUAUAAACGGAUAGAAAAUGACUAAAAGAAGCUAAAUUUAGUGCGAAGAACGACAAAAACAACCAAAAAAUGAUAAAACUAACACAAUCAGAAGAAGUCCCGGUUCAUCUUUCUGGUUCUAUGUCACAUUUUGGUUGUUUUUGUUGUUGUUUACAUUUAAAUUUGGUUAUUUUACGUGUUUGUUCAUCAUAUUUUAGUCAUUUUACGAAUUCCUGUGGUUGUUUUGUGUCACAUUUUGUUUAAUGUGUUCAUUCGCAUUUAAUUUUGGGUAUUUAAUGUCUCUGUGUUUAACUUAUAUCUCAUUUUGGUUGUUUUACAUCUUGUUGUGUUUGUCUUUUAGACUUUGUGGUGCGUUUGGUGUCGUUAGCAUUUCAUUUUGGUCAUUUUACACCUUUUGUCUGCUUAAUUUUUGUGUCAUCUUGGUCGUUUUAUGUCUUUUCUUGGUUCUUCUGUGCCACAUUUUGGUUGUUUUCCAUCUUUUUUAGACUUUGUGGUGAGUUUGGUGUCGUUAGCAUUUCAUUUUGGUCAUUUUACACUCUUUGUGUAGUUCGUGUUUCAUUUUGGGUGAUUCACAUCUUUUUAUGGUCUCCUUUUUUUGUACUUGGAGUUCAUUUGCAUUGAAUUUGGGUCAUUUUAUGUCUUUGUGUAGUUUGUGUGUCCUUUUGGCCGUUUUAUGUCUUUGUUUAGUUGGUCUGCGUCACAUUUUGGUUGUUUUUAGGGUUUUAGUCAGACACAAUCAAAUGUACUUUAUUAAGCUUUUAAUGAGUUUUAAUAGUAUUUUUCUUCAAACUGAAAGCUUUUCUGGAAUUUUAACUUGGACUAAUUAAGAAAAAUAAAGAAAUAUUACUCAGAAUAACUUUAUUUGGAAUUAAUUAAUUACUGUAGAGGACUGCAUCAUCAGCAAAAAUAGAAAUUAACUUUGAACACUUCUGUAACAUCCUGGAUGGGUUCUGAUCUGGAUUUUUACUGUAUAUGUUAUAUUUGUUAUUAUAUUGUAUAUUUAUCAUACAGAGCUCUGUGCUGCUGAUUGUGAAAGAAAUCUAAAUAUAUCAGCAGCUUACAAUGUCCGAAAUGAAAUUAGAUCCCGAUCAUUCAUUGAUUUUUAGAGACACGUUCUUUUUAUUGCACUUUCAGAUGUGAAUAAUUCGCGUUGCUUUCACUUCCACACGUUCAUUCCUGUUAAAUCGGCAUCGAAACACGACUCAAAUAAUCUUCACCUGAAUUCAGAGCAUCUGUUAGACGCUAAAUAUACCUUACAGUGAACCUAACAGACACUAGAAUUUACAGAUGUUCCCGAAACGCAUCACUAGUCUCCAUCAGUUACUGCACAUAAAUGGAAUUAUAAAAGAGCAAAAUAAGGACUUUUAAAUUCACAUUUACCUGAAACCAGGUGAGUUUGUCUCCCUGGACGGUUCUCUGUAAGCUUUCAAACAUCUACAGUUCAUCCUUUUCAUUUCAUUGAGAGAAACUUGUGAUUCUUAUCCGUUAACUCUGCAGCUCCACAGCUUCUUUCUUCUUUUUCUUCUCUAGUUUUUCUGUCAACAUGUGGAGCUGCAGGUCAACAAACUGUCUUUAAACAAACUUAAAUCCCAGUAAAUGAUGCGUCAGACAGACGUCUGUUGUCGUCACAGAAAAUGAGUUUUAAAUCGAGACUAACCAUCAUAAUCCUGAUGUUAGGAUGAUUUAUCUGACCGAGUUCUGACCUCCAGCAGUUUCUAGUAGAAAUCCUCUGAGCUGUGGUUUACUCUAAACUGAUCCUCUGUCGGUUUGUUGUUGACUCGUCUCGGUUCUGUCUGCAGCUCGACCUCAAACUUCCUGCAGCCACUUGUCAAACCGAUGAUUAGCGUCGUGUUUGGUGUAAUUAGAGCAACGCUUAGUUUCAGCCACAGCUCCAGCAUAUUUCAGGUCUGAUCAGAUCCGUCUUUGUUUCUCUGGACUUCAUGCAAACGAGGCUCAGCUGAAGAAGAAACCUGUUUAAAGUCUUAGUUUGGUGCAGAUUUGUACUUUAGCAUAAACAUAGCACAACAGGAAGUGAAAGCAUCGCUGUUUGUGAAAAUUUAGAAGUUAAAUUAAAAUAUUUUGUCCCUAAAAUCAACGAAUGAAUGUGAUAAAUAUUAAAUAUUGACCAGAAGAAUCUUAAUUAUUGUUUUUCAUCAUGUUUUUUUAGCUCGCUAGCAUUGUUAUCAUAUUACCAGUUCACUAGCUUGUUGCCAAACUAGUAAUAGCACAUUUCUAGCUUUCCAAGGCGUUACAACCAAACAUUAGCAUUUUUCUGUCUAGCUAGCAUGUUGCUGACUAUCAUUGACAUUAUUGUUUCUGGCUAAUGAGGAAUUCAGUAACUAACAUUAGCAUCGUUCUGGCUAUCUAAGGCUUUACAAACUUAUGCUAAUUUGCUUAUGGUUCGCUAAGAUGUUACCAGCUAGCAUGUUGCCAACUAUCACUAGCAAAUUGCUGGCCUACUCGUGUGUUGCUAACUAUCAUUAGCAUGUCUCUGAAUGCAAGCAUGUUGGCAACUACUGUUUCUGACUUGGUAGCAUAAUAGCACAGAAUGCUACAAGAAUGAUAAGUUGUGUGUUUUAGCGGUUAGAGGUUGUUGUUGAAGGUUUCUUCUGGGCGGUCGAUGGUUUGUCUGGUGACCACUGUGCAGGUCGGACCGUUAACCCGGUUUUCUGUGAACUGGGUCAAAGCUGCAGAUGAACCGACUCAACCUGCAGCUCUUCUGGUUCCAAGAAUCGCUUCAAUCUUGUUUUAUUUUCGGCUGCAGCAGCAGAUUCAUGACUUUCUUGAAUCCGAGGUCCAGACAGCAGGAACUCUCUGGGGGAAUAUUAGGGAUUACAUGAUGCUGGUUUUUAUCGUUGCACAUUUUUGAGUUUUUCAUGUGGAGAAGCAGCUGCUGUGAAUAGUAUCUUCAGUUUUUUUUAGACGUUUUUAAGAAGAGGCCUAAUAAUUUAACUGAAACCUCAUGUACGUUCUCAGCGACUUCUUCUGCUUUUCAUUCAGCUGCAGCUCAACGUGGCUCCGUGGCACUUCUAAAUUUAACCAGCCUUUGUUUCUUCUCCUUGCUUUCCAGCCAGAAGUUCAUAAACGCUUUGUCAUGUUUACAACCUCCCAUCCAGAAUUCAGAGUCCCAGAGAGCCUCCGAGGCUCCAGUCUGUAAUUUACAGCUGCUCUGGCUCUUAAAGUUUUAAUUUUUUUGCUUGACAGACAUCGUGAAAAACAAUGAAAAUGUCCCACUAACAUGUUCUGUGUAAUGUAUGUUGUUCCUCCAUACUGCAGAGGAAAACACGAGACACGCUUAGAAUACAUGACAUGUUUGUUAUAAGUCACGCAGCAAAGCUCAUUCCUGUUACAUGUUUGUUAAAAAGUUCAUUGCUAAUGUUAGCCUGUAGCUUCUUAUCGAAUCAGGAACAUGCUAAUGGCAAUAACAACUAAACAUGUUAGUAACACAGGAACAUGCUAACUUUAGCCGGUAAAUCCCAAGAAAACCAGAAACAUGCUAAUGUUAGUUGUUGACAUGCUGUUAAACAAAAAAUGCUAAUAUUGGUAAGAUGUUUUCAAACAGAAACAUGUUUGUGUUAGCUGGUAACGUGCUUUUAAACAGGAACAUACUCAUGUUGGUAAGAUGUUUUAAAACAGAAACAUGCUAAUGUUAAUUGGUAACUUGUUUUUAAACAGGAACAUGUUUACAUUAGUGGAUACAGGUGAUAAAUAUAAACAUGCUAACUUGUAAAAGACUUUUAAACAGAAACAUGCCAUUGUUUGUAAGUAACACGUUUUUAACCAGAAUCACGCUAUUGCUAGCUGGCGGAAUGUUAGUAAUGAAGGAAUAGCUAAUCUUAGCUGGUGACUCCAAACUAGGAAAAUGUUAGUAUUAGUUUUUAACUUGUUGGAAAACCAGGAACAUGAUAACAGUUGUAAUUAGCUGGUGACAUGUUAGUAAAUAAAGAAAAAAAUGAACAAAGAAACAUGCUGAUUUGGUUGGUAACAUGUUUUUUAACAGGAACUUGUUUAUAUUAGCAAUAUAUAUUUAAACAGAAACUUGCUAAUUUUAGAUUGGUACCAGGUUGUUGUACAGGAACAUGUUAAUGCUAGCAGCUAGCAGGUUAUUAAACAGGUUCAUGCUAAUGUUAGCUGGUAACAGGUUAUUAAACAAGAACAUGCUAAUGCUAGUUAGUAAAGUGUUUUUAAACAGAAACAUGCUAAUGCUAGCUGAUAACAGAUUAUUAUACAGGAACAUGCUAAUGCUAACUGCUAGCAGGUUAUUGUACAGGAACAUGCUGAUGCUAGCUGCUAGCAGAUUAUUAAACAGGAUCAUGCUAAUGUUAGCAGCUAACAGGCUAUUAAACAGUGACAUGCUAAUGCUAGUUGGUAAGGUGUUUUUAAACAGAAACAUGCUAAUGCUAGUUGGUAAGGUGUUUUUAAACAGAAACAUGCUAAUGCUAGUUGGUAAGGUGUUUUUAAACAGGAUCAUGCUAAUGCUAGUUGGUAAGGUGUUUUUAAACAGAAACAUGCUAAUGCUAGUUGGUAUGGUGUUUUUAAACGGGGAUAUGCUAAUGCUAGUUGGUAAGGUGUUUUUAAACAGAAACAUGCUAAUGCUAGUUGGUAAGGUGUUUUUAAACAGAAACAUGCUAAUGCUAGUUGGUAAGGUGUUUUUAAACCGGAUCAUGCUAAUGAUAGUUGGUAAGGUGUUUUUAAACAGGAUCAUGCUAAUGCUAGUUGGUAAGGUGUUUUUAAACAGGAACAUGCUAAUGCUAGUUGGUAAGGUGUUUUUAAAUAGGAUCAUGGUAAUGCUAGCUGCUAACAAGUUAUCCUACAGAGGUAUUUUUGUAUAUCAGAGUGUUUUUCAGUCGUGGUUCUUCUAUAAACUAUGUGUUGGGUUCUCCGGCUGUUACUCUCUCUGCUCGGUUCUCCGGCUGUUCCUCUCUCUGCUCGGUUCUCCGGCUGUUCCUCUCUCUGCCCGGUUCUCCUGCUGUUCCUCUCUCUGCUCGGUUCUCCGGCUGUUCCUCUGUUCGUUCUUCCCCCCUCUGCUCUGUUUACUCUAGAAAACCCUCCAUGUGGUUUUCAGGCGGCUGUUUGCCAGAAAGUCUUUCUCUCUGCAGAUCGAGGUCCUCCCAAUCUGGCACACUUACUGGUGGACCAGUAACCCAGUUCUGGAGAAAGUGGGUCGCUGCAUCGAGCUGAACUCACUUCCAGCCAGAUCCUCAUGGAUUUAUUGGACAGUUACAGUGAGAAGAGGCGUUCAGGUCCCGCAGGAUUUUCCGUAAACAUGACCCAGGACAGGAGCUGGUGGUCAGAGGACUGGAGGGAAUAAAGAGUUUCUGGUUCCAUUACUGCUGCUGGUUUUAAAUCAAAGCUCAGAGAAAAGAGGAAGAAACACAAAAUAAAGCAGAUUUUUAUUUGACGUUUGUAGGUUUUUAUUAAAUAAGUAGAUAAAUAAAUAUAUUUUAUAAACUCAGGUCCUGAUUGAUUACAUAUCUAGAAACAGAAAGUAAAAAGCUUUAGGGGAAGUGUGCAGUUUCUUGUUGAUGUGAUGUCACUUCCUGUUUACUAGUUAAGGUGUUAAAGAACAUUUUCAGUUCGUACGGAAAUCACCCAAAACUACAAAACUUUAGAAACAGCACAUAUUAAGGUUUUUUUGUUUAACUGAGCUAAAAGAGGCGGUUUAUUACAUGGAAAGAUUUUUUUAAAGCAUAUUACUGAUUUUUUUUAAAUUUUAUUUUUGGGUAAAAUCACGUAAAAUGUGUGUUAAUAUUGACUCUCUUUACACAACUAAUUAAUCAUUUUCUGGAGAAAAAAAUCCCUUAAAUUUAAAUUCAAUAACAACAGAUUUUCUCUUGUUUUCCAUGCGUUUGUGCUUUAAAAACAACUUAUUUUGGACUUUUAGAAUUAUGUAUUAACUUGAUAAAUAUGAAUACUGCCACGAUAAAUUUAAUAAACAUGAAAUAAUUUUUAAACAAUUAAAAACAGGGAGAAAUGUCCAAACUCUCCCUUUUAGAAGACAUUACAUUAAUAAAACUAAAAUAAAAUAAGUGCUUCAGUAACUCCAUAAGUGUGUAAAUAUAUGAACUUAUUCCACAACAAAUGUCAUAAAUAAAUAUUGAUAAUAAAGUCAGUUUAAUGUUUUUAAUUAAACAUUGUGUCUAAGAAUUUAAUCUGAGUAAAUUUAAUUAAAUAAAUAAUGAUAUUUAAUUUGUUUGCACGUUUUUAGUUGAAAAAUAAAUAUAAAAAUAAUUUUGAAAUAAUAUGAAAAAGCUGAAGCAUGUAAAUGUUUUAUUUAAUUUAAUAAUAAUUUAUUUUGGGUACAUUUUAAUUGAAUCAAUGAGGUGUGAAGCUCAUUUUUCUUUGCACAGAUAUGUAAACAUCGCUAAAAUGUGACCACAUGGUUUAAAAAUGUAAAUUUAUUUAAAGUGAUCUGAAUAAAAUACUUUAUAUUUCACAUUUUGCAGCCGAAUAAUAUUUUGUAUUUUUUGUACUUUAGUGACCAGAUUGUGAACAAAAAUGAGCUGAUAAUUAUAAUAACUGUUCGUAAAAUAAAACUAAAAUGUUCAGAAUAUAAUAACCGGCAGAAAAAUAUAAAUGAGUUCACAGACAUUUGAUGAAAUUCCUUGUUUUUGGGUCGUCUGUUAGAAUCUGCACACAUUUGAUGCUUUGUGUUCUUUGGAUGCGAGUUAAAUCCAGCUGCUGCUCCUCCAGAUGUGAGCUGAUCUCUGCUCUCUGAUUGGCUCCCGCCCCUCGUCCAGCUGCAGACUGGUUUAACUGGUUUCUGCUGUAAUCCUCCAUCAGCUUAGAGCUUCUGUUUGUG